AGGGGAAAGUACACAGUAACUGGCAGGACUGGAGUAUUGAGGGAUCCGGGGGUUGAUUGAAAGUGGCAAUGUAAGUAGGUGGCUGGAGAAAAGCCUGAUCAUUGCAGGGCAAAAGGAGAGAAAGGGAGGAAGUGGGUAAGCUGAUCAUUGCUUCGUGCUUUCUAGGACUCUGAUUUCCAGAAGAAGAUUGACUAUGAAAUCCGAAUGCGGGAUGGGGCCUGCAAGCUUCUUGCAGCAUGUACGCAGAAGGACCAAACACUGGAAGCAGCCAAGAGCCUGAUGGUCUGCAACGCACGCAUCACAUCCUACAUGUCCCAGGUGCAGAGGAUGAAGGAAGCUGAGGUGAUGCAGCGGCGCGUAAGGCGCAGAUCUUCAGACGCCGGCCUCCUUGAAGAUCGUUUGCCCUGCAAAGCGACGGUUAGUCUAUCAGAUCUACGAAUUCCUUUGAUGUGGAAAGACACUGAUUACUUCAGAAAUAAAGGAGACGUUCAUCAUUAUGCAGUAUUCGGCCUGAUGCAGAUCGGUUGCGACAUUUACGACACGGAGAUGGUGAUUGUGAAUCGUACCGUCACUGACAUUUGCUUUGAAAGUGCUGUUGUGUUUCCCAGUGUUGGACCUGACUUUGAACUGAAACUGGAGUUAUACAGCUGUUGUAUGGACGAGGAUUUCUCCAUUACUAGUGCACCGAGAAAGUUUGCAAGCAAGCUAAGCAGUUCACUGGGACGUUCUUCAGGAAGAAGGAUUCGAGCUGGGCUGGACAUCGCAGGAGAAAGUUCUGUGUCUAAUGGAGGUACAAGUCCCAUCUUGCUGCCAGCUUUGCCUGUCAGGGGUCCACAGUAUCAUCUUUUAGCCCAUACCAGCCUGUCCCUUUCAGCGGUCCAUAGCAGUUUCCGAACACACAGUCUCAAGAUUGUCGGAAGUGAGGAUUGCUCCUUCUGGUUGCCUCUCUACGGCAGUAUGUGUUGCCGCCUAGCCGCGCAGCCUUGGUGUAUGACACAGCCUGUGAAUACAGGUAUUUUAAACCUGCAGCAGCUGGUUGGUGACCUGCACAAUUGGACCAGGAUGUACUGCGUUUUACAAGGAACUAAUCUCUUCUGUUAUUAUUCUCCGGAGGAAGUCGAGGCCAAGGUGGAGGCUGCCUUCACUAUUGCGAUCAAUAAGGAAACACGUAUCAGGGCAACGGGAAAAGAGCCCAAGAGAACAUCAAACUGCAUCUUAAUAACGAAUCAAUUUGCAGGGGAGGAGGUGACACACACCCUCGUCACUGACUCUUUGGAGGAGAUGCACAGAUGGAUGGAGGCUUUCUGGCAGCAUUUCUAUGAUAUGAGUGCGUGGAGACAGUGCUGUGAUGAAAUGAUGAAAGUCGAAUCUGCGUCUCCCCGGAAACUGCCCAUAACAAUUUCCAAGAAGGGAGCUUCCCUGUAUCACGAGACCGUUAUUGACUCUGCAGACGACAUCGACCCUGCUGUGGACAUGCUGAGCAGUCACAUUCAGACAGACGCUUGCUACAGAGAUGGAACCUUGCCCCCCUGGUACGCACUUUUUGAAAACUCUCAGAAGCGAGUGUGUAAAAGCACUGUGCCCUUGCUGAGUGGUGGUGUGGUUUCAGAGAGAGAUGGUCUCUGCACGGACUGGAUACAACGCCAUGCAUUUGAACUCCAGCCUACAGAUAAGGACUGGAAUUCCCAGGAUCUCUAUGCUGGAGAGAGUCACUUCACAAGGCCACGAACUCGAUCCUUGGAUGCCAAACUUAUGAGCUUGAAGUGCCAAGCCCAAAGGGCAGAAGCUUUAUCAAACAAACGCUCCAUAAUGCUAUCGACAAGCUCCACACAGACCUGCAGUGCAGACUACAACCCUGAAACUGAGAUAAAGCUCUUCUCACCACCAGCUUCUGAGGAACAGAGUUGUAGCCUGCCCACCAGUAUGCGACAGCAGACACAGGUGUAACCAGGAAAUCAGCAGAGGUGUACCUUGUAAAGGAUAUUGUGGCAACUCCACUCUACGUCGCCACGGCACAGCUCCCAUGAGCGUGAAACUCUGAUAGGCCAGGUUUGAGGGAGAAGGCCUAUGUGGACUGCAAGGGGAGAGAAAGGAGACUAAGAAUUGGAGAAGGGUUAGGUUACUUGGCCUCAUGCCAGCCUCAUCAUUCACCUGUCACUAUCCUCCAACCUGCUCCUUUCUCCCACCUAGUUGUCUUUUUUUCAGCCCCCUGUACUCCUUCAGUCACUGCAGAAUCCCUACUCAGCACAUCUCCCUGCCCACUUUAUACCAGAAAUCUCCCUUCUCAGUUCUGAUGCAGCUCUUUUUCCUGAAACAUUGACAUUUCCAAUCCACCCCCACAGAUGUUGCUUGACCUGCUGAGAUCCUCCGGCAGUGCGUGGAUCUAGAUUCUAGCACUGGCCAUCUCAUGUGUCCCCACCAUGAAUGAUCUAUGACUCCUCCUCUGUGCCAGCUUCCCAUCAACCUCAGUUUCUCCAUCUUUCAAAUAUUUGUCUAUUUUCAUCUAGUACCUGUUACCUGAUCUGACCUCCAACUCUGCAUGUUCUCAUCACUCCAGGCCCUUCUACCUGUUUUCAUAUUGGAGCAAACUUGGCAAGUUCUCACCUUGUUUCCUCUGCAGGACAUGGAUGUGAACAGAAAGAAAGAGGCCCAAGAACCACUCCGGGGUCUCCUCACAUUAUAUCCCACCUGGAAUUUCCUUGCCAGCAACAGCUGUGGCUGCCAAGUCUUAAUGUAUAUGUAACUCGCCAGCGCGUUAUAUAUAAGGCAGAGGUUGAUCAAUUCUUGAUUGGUCAGGGCAUGAAGGGAUAUGGGCAAGGGAAGGAAGGAGAUUGGGGUUGAGAGGAAAAAUGGAUCAGCCAUGAUGAAAGGUUGGGGCAGACUUAAUGGACCAAAUGGUCUAAUUCUGCUCCUAUAUUUUAAGGUCUUAUUACCAUUCUGACAUUCCAGAGGAACAAUUUAGUCCCUUGCAAUCCAUUUGCUCUGAACAUAUUUGUGGAAUCUCUUAGGACUCUCCUUCAUCUUGUCUGCUGCAGCAAACUGAUUCCUUCUUUAAGAAUGUGAUUUCUUUCUUGCUGUGGAAGGUACGGGGUGGUGGGACUGUGAGUUUUACUCUAUAGGAGCUUUGGGGGUUUCAUUGGAGCAGGAAUUUCUGUAUACGUGGUUCAGUGGGUGUGGAGAGUUUCUGUGUAGGUGUCAGUGGGUGUGGGGGGGUUUCUGUGUAAGUGUC